CGCGCGCGUUUGGGAUAGCGGAGGGAGGAAGUCUCGAGGCACUGUCGACGGCGGGCUCUUUUAGCGUGGGGGCUGCUUCGUCCGCCCUGUGGGAGGCGGGGACUAUUUGUGCCGUUGCUCCUCCUCCCCCCUCCCCUCCCCUCCCCUCCCUGCAGCAUCCAGAAGAGAAUGAAGAGCGUGGACGAGGAGGAAGCCGAGCGGAGCUUCCAGCCGGUCCGACGCGCCUCCAUCGCGCUGCUCUGAGUCAAACCAAUGGAAGAAGCAGAUCAUCUGCAUAGAAAGAGUUGCUGACGCAGAGUUUAUUUCGGCACAAGCAAAUGACAUUUACUUGUCUAGGAAAACAUCAGAAAAGGACAAGUUUGCAGUGUGGAUUGCAUGGAUGCAGCUGAGAAUGGCCAGGCUAAGGAUUGCCUGAAAGAAUCACCUGUAAACAGAAGAGCUCAUUGCGAAGGCACACCUUGUGCAUUUGGAAUGUUUUCUGUUGGGUAGCAUCAAGUCGGGAGAGGCCAUCACAGCCUCAACUGGUGCAGUGUGAGACGUAAUAACGAUCUCAGCUUUUGACAUGAAGAAAGAUAUAGAUGCCUUAAUCGCAGAGGAAAGAGCAGAAAUCAUUGCUAAAUAUGAGAAGGGAAGACAUGAAGGGGCUCAGAUUGAUCCAUGGGAAGAUGCUGACUUCACUCUCUAUAAAGUCACAGACAGAUUUGGGUUUUUGCAUGAGCAUGAGCUACCGACCCGCAAUGCUCUGGAGGAGAAGCAAAAACUUCAGGAGAUUGAACGAGUGGACAAAUGGCUCAAAAUGUUGAGAAAAUGGGGGAAAUACAGAAACAGUGAAAAGAUGUUCCGUAGAGUUUAUAAAGGUAUUCCCCUCCAAGUGCGAGGCCAGGUCUGGUCACUCCUGCUGGACAUUGAAAAAAUCAAGAUGGAGAAUGAAGGAAAGUAUGAGAAAAUGAAAGAACAAGCCAAGAGUUUCUCAUCUGAAAUAAAGCAGAUAGACCUGGAUGUGAACCGCACCUUUCGAAAUCACAUCAUGUUCCGGGAUCGCUAUGGAGUGAGGCAACAAGCUUUGUUCCAUGUCCUGUCUGCCUACUCAGUUUACAACACGGAAGUGAGCUACUGCCAGGGAAUGAGUCAGAUUGCAGCUAUCCUGCUGAUGUAUUUAAAUGAAGAGGAUGCCUUUUGGGCACUGGCACAGCUACUUACCAAUCAGAGGCAUGCAAUGCAUGGAUUUUUCAUUCCUGGAUUCCCAAAGCUGCAGAGAUUCCAAGCACAUCAUGAAGCAAUAUUAAACAAGCUUUUUCCAAAGCUGAAGAAGCACAUGGACAAGGAACAAAUGUCUACAGGAAUUUAUACAACUAAGUGGUUCCUGCAGUGUUUCAUUGAUCGGACUCCAUUUACUCUAACCUUGCGGCUAUGGGAUAUCUACAUCCUGGAAGGGGAGAGGGUGCUGACAGCCAUGGCCUAUACUAUCCUCAAGUUACAUAAAAAGCAUUUGUUGAAAAUGACCCUAGAAGAUCUAAGGGAAUUCCUGCAGGAAAAAAUUGCUGCUUCGUUGCAGUUUGAAGAUGAUAUUGUAAUUGAGCAAUUACAAGCAUCCAUGGCAGAAUUGCGCAAAAUGAAAUUUGACCUUCCACCCCCAGCAAAAUCUGAAGAAUUCCCCAAGAAACCACUGGGAGUGGAGCUGUCUCUAAAUCUGGUACCACUGAAGCCCAAUAUUGCAGCCAAUGGCCAGAAAAAGGUCAUAGGUGACCUCAGUCCUGACAAAGAUGCUCUAACACAACCUUCUCCAGAUAAAAGUCUAUCUCACGAAACUAUUGGUAAUUCAAAUAUGGCAAUACAUGGAAGAGCCUCCGUUCCACAGCCCAGUGGACCACCCUCACUGGCUGAACCAGCUGACAUGCAACACAGUUCAUUCCAGAAUCAUCAGCUAGGCCAAAAGUUUGAAACAGAGGAGAAACCAGAAGUGGAAGAAAACUGGGUGGAAUUGCCAAAAGAGAAUGCCUAUAAAAUCCCAUCAGAAGAUUCUCCAACAGUGAUGGAUGAGAUUCAGGUUAUCGGAGAAAGUCCAGAUGUGCCUGCAAGUGAGGAUACAGAGUCAUUCCAAAGCAGCCACACAGAGGGAUGUCAUUUACAUGAAAAUAGCUUGACUCUUUCCAUGGAUGUGAGGGACCAUGUUGCCCCACAGGUGCUAGAACAAGCUCAGACAGGUAGCUUGUCAAUGGAUGACUCUCAGUGGGAGACUAAGUCACAGAGUCAGACCCUAGAAGUAGAUCUGCCUAUUGGCCACACUAGUACAUCAUCCUUAUUGGGGCAAGAAUCAUCCAAUCAAGUGCCAUUGCUUCCAUCCCUUGAAGAGCAAAAGACCUUAGACUCACAAUCACCUGUGCAAAAUGCAACAGCUCUUCGAGAUGGGAGUACCACCUGCUCCUCUGAGGAUUUAUUAUCUGAAGAUGCUGCACUGCUUCCAGAGCAUCUGUACCAGCCUCCAAGGACAAACUCCUACUUUGCACCAGAACAUAAUUUGUCUACAAUUUGCCAUUUGCCAGAAAGCACAGUAGCUCCAUCAUGUAUAGUCAAAACACUUGCUGCUCCCCCUCUCCCAUUCCUGGAUGGCCAGCGUCGGCCUUCUAAUGCAUCUCAGUAUGAUAACCUGUCUGAAGGUGAGGGAGCAAAAUCUUCCAUACCGGUACCCAGUUCUGAGGAACUGGAUCUUUCAACUCCACAGAUGGAGCUUUACACUCCAGUGGUAAAGGGUAUAAUGCCCAAGUCUGCAUCAGUUGGGGACAUAGAAAAUUUGCAGACUUGGGGAACAGUAGACUUGGUGCAACAGCCAAAAGGACUUGGCCAGCCCACCUCAUUCAACCUGCUGCCUCAUGAGAAGAGGAUCUCUGGUGGGGGCAGUGUGCCAAUCUUAUCUGAGCUGGACUCUGGUGCGCUGUUGCUGUCAGAAGGAUUCUGUGCCCGGCCCACCUCAUCCCCAGUGAUACAGGAGCAGCACAGCCCUUUCCAAAUAGUAAAGACCACCACUCCUCUUCACGUGGCUCAUGCUACAGAGCAAGACUUUGUGAGCAAAAAGCAGUUGGCUCUACCUUUGCCAGAGGCCGAUCAACAUGAUGCAGCUGAUGGUGAAAAACUUAUUCCUUUGGCUUUAGAGCCUGUGGCUGGGGCUGCCAGUGACUGUGUUCAGAAGUCACCAAAUGCUUUGAGUGGUUUGCCUGCCCCUCAAAGGCCAAAGCCACAAGUGUUGCCCAAGGUUUUCAAAACUCAUUCAGAUAGCAAUUUCUAUCCAAGCUGCCCACCCAUGGUGGUGCAACUAUCAAAAUCAAUCACAUUCUAGAUGAGCUGAGAAAGUGGAAAGGAAUUGUGAAGUUACUGUUCGACAGGAUGUAUGCACGGAUAGUUUUAACUGAAAAGGCACAGCCCAGUGUAAGACUAGGAAGGCAAUUGCAUUGCCAGUCAUGCUACGUCCAAGAAUUUGGGGUAGGACUUAAAUACAGGCUGGUCCUCCAUUUUUAAAACAAAACAAACAAACAAAAACUUGAGUUAUCCUCUUCAGACAGCUCCCAAAAUAUUUUUGAAGCUGCUUUUUUGUAUCACAUGUUGACAUCUAAUGGAUUUAACUUGCCAAAAUAUUUGAGCUGUUUCCUUCCAGUCCCUAUAGUGAAAAAAGUCAAGGUGAACAUUAACAGAAAUGACAUACAAAAUGAUUGGAGAGAGCAGAUGACCAUUCAGUUGCAGGUUUGGGUCAGUAGCAUAUUUUUUCACUAGCAAUAGUUUUGUGGAUGAGUGUUUUCCCUGUUUAAGCCUAGCUGCCAAUACAGUCCUGCAAGUUGAGGCUAUGGAUUAUUCAUGUCAGGAAAGCAAGAUUUCACUUGGCAUCUAUGCAAUAUCCAGCAUACAUUGUUGGUGUGUGUGUGUUAAGAAAAGCCCAGGUCUCUCUCCGAUUACCAUGAAAUCAGGCAAUACAGUAUGCCUAGUUCCCAGGCACUAGUACUGCCCUGGCUGGUAACAUGUGGUAGUUAGUAAGGCAUGACAUCAACAGUCCUAAAAGUUACAAUGCCUUAUGGAAAGCAUGGUAGAGAGAAUCAAAGAGAUGUCUGCAGCUCAAUCUUUUACAUGUUUAUUUCGUGUAAGCCCCACUGAGUUCAGUGGGGUUUAUUUCCAAGUCUUCACUUCCCUAGCGCCUUGAUGCUGCUGUUCAUAAAUUUGUGUAUGCUGUCCACACAAGUGGCUAAGGUAGGUUUAGAAGGUAUAGAAGAUAGCCUUUCUGAAAAAGUUGAGACAUGCUUUACAAAUGCAGAUAUUCCUAAAAACCUGCUUUAUAAAGAAAAUUAUUCAAAGCCUAUCUCUUCAAAUGUAAGUUUAUGGUGGUUGGAGUUUCCCAACUGCAGUCUAGUGUGGAAAAAAAAUGCUCAGGCUUCUUUCCAGGCCUCAGAGUGCAGGUGCUAUAGUAAGCCGUACAGAGCUGUAAUUCUGCCAUGCCAUGCUCCCAUUUUUGUAUGGAUUGGUGAGUUCCUUCUAUUGUCAAGAAAGGUGAUGCUUCCCUAACACCUGAAUGAUUUGAGAUCCAGGAUGCAGUUAAGAUUCAUUUGGAGUCAAAUGGCAAGAUUUCCACUUACUAUUUCAGUCAGAAGUGAGAGAGUUCAGUGCUGCCUACAGCAGGCAAUUUGAGCCUCCUUUCAUCAUCCACGGGGAGAAGUUACAUGAGCUCAGUGCUGGGAGCCAGAAACUGCUGUUCUACUUCUCAUUCUAGCGUCAUCUGUGGUCUUGGGGAAGUUGCACAACUUCUUUCCUGACCAUUCCUCUUGAUGAAGUAGGGAUAAUCCUGCUUAAUCCUAACUCUCAGUGGUGUGAGCAGUUUGAUUCUUUCAGUGCCCUUCGAGGAGCAGGAGGAGGGUAAAAUCACUGCUUAACUGUGGUCCAAAACUCCCACAAAGACCAAGCUUGUGCCUGAGUGGAGAUCUUGUGUGUGAAUUUUUCAACAGUUGUGCGGCAGUCAGGGAUGUAAUACACCUGUGUAUAUAAAUUCUUCUAGGGUAGUAUUUCAGGAGUGAAGAUCAGUGGCCUUCCUUUCUAGCCGUCUGCUUAAUUGACUUCUAUAGCACAAGGAGAAGUAUUAAAACUCUGCUGGUUUUCCUCAAAGCGCACACAACUUCUGUUUCGCUUUAGUUGGAGCUAAGCUUUAACAGUGGCAAGGGCAUCAAGUCCUAUUAAUUUUUUUUUAACCUUUUCAUUUCUGUAUAUUUGUAUCUCCUGUAUCUAACCGUGUGAGAUCAGAGGUUCAGAGGUAUUUAGGUUAUAACAUAUGUAAUACAUUCUUGUUAAAGGUAUUUGUCCAGAAACAUUUCACAGUUGUCAAGUGCACAUCCAAAUAAACACCUACAUGCCUUGAACCUAUCAUACACAUUUCCCACUAGAAGAUCAGCUGUUUGAGAGAGUUUGCUCUCAGUCAUUAUAGCAGGUAAACCAUGAAAUUACCUUAAGACAGGAGGAGAGAGAUCCCAAGCACCUGAUGAGCCUUUACAGCACAGCAUAGCUUUAAAAUUUCUGCUGUUAGUGAAGAAUUGCCUCUACUGGACACAGGCUAUGCUCUGACCAGAUUUGGGUUACUGGACAAGCUGGACUGUGACUCUGAUUUAUGCUUAGAUUAUUUUAUGUGUUAGUUCUAGUGCCACACUUGCCCUUGUACAAACCCAGUCUAUCUCUGGCUUAAAAUAUUGUGCAUUAUUUGGAGCACAUAAUAUUGCAUACUGGAGAAAGUGUUCUAGAUGCACCCAAAUAUGUGUUUACGACCGUAUCGUACAGAUGGUCUCAGAAUUCAGCUGUUGGAUUUCUAGGGCAGGUUCAGAAAUAGAAUUAUGUUACUUCCCGAACUAUAACUAAGGCUUUCAGAAGUGGAUGGCCAUGGUGAAUUUAGUUCCCAGUAUUUGCAAAGCUGACUGUAGACAUUAAUCUCCAUAUUGGGUAGAAGUAUGUAUUUUGUUGACAUUUGAAUGAUGACUUGACUGCAUUUCUGUCACAUGGUGAUGAAGUCUCUACAUCUACUGAUGUCCUGAUCUCAUAUUGUGGUGAAAAAAGUAGGAUAUAAAAUCCUAGGGGAUAUCCCUUUAAAAAGAGAGUACUUUCUAGAAAAUGCUGAUUAUCAUCCUCUUCCCCAACCCCCACAAAUUAGCCUUUAAAAAAUGGAGCCCUUCCCUUCCCUAUCUCUCUAAAGCUGAUAUUCUUUGUUAAAGACUCUAAUCAAGGAGCUACAGUAGUGAGGCAGUAUUUUGCCUCAGUAUUGCAGAACCAUUUGUUCCCAGGCUUUCCCCCUAAUAAGACUUGGACUUUGGGGUUUGGGUUUGGCAGGUGAAUACCUAACAUUUUCCAGUGUCCCUUGCACAUGUAGCAUUCCUCAGGUAUGCCAGAUUUUGCAGCUGGGCUACAAAAUUUAGUCAUUUAAUUGGCAAGAUAAUCAAAUAUUUUCAUCAACUAAGAGAUGUCUCUGAUUGCUUGGGAAGCAGAUUUUAAAUUAUUUUUAAAGCAAGUUCUUAUUUUAAAAAUGGCACAGCAAGUGUGGUAUUAAAAACAUUCCCUUCUUUAUGAAAAAGAAGGGAAAUCUCUCUCAAGAUUGUCUCUUGCAAGUGUGCAUCAUCAAAAACAAAAAAGUAUGUUUUUCCUCUACAAAGUAUUUUUCUCAUAUGCAAACUUGUGUGCAGGUUUAACUAACCUAUUGACUAAAACACAUCCUAUCAGCUAGGAUUUCUUUAAUUGGGUAACAGCCCUACUCUACAAAUAUCAGAAGCAUCUUCUUCCCUAGCCUUCAAGAUGUCCUGCCAUACCUAUUUGUGAACAAAAUGUUUUAUCAGUGUGCUGUUUUGAGCGGCAAACUUCAGUGACUACCUUUGUGUAGGUUUGCAAAUGCCUUCUCUUAUGCAACAAAAUCAAUUUUGUUAGUUCAUUAUUUUUCCUGCUCUGCUCUCUGGGUAUAAGUAGUGCAGACUCCCAAAGAACAGCACAACAAGGGAGACAUCAAAAAUGGAGAAUUAUAAUAGAGCAGGUGCUGAACCAAAUAUAGUUCAAAACUAGCCACUUGCUUGCCACCUGUUUGCCAUUUGGAGACUCAGUUCUAUCAUUAAGUAUGUCUCACAUCAUUGAAUAGUAAGAAUGGUACAGAUAGGAAGAGUACUAAUGUAUGUGUGUUGCUGUUCUUACAUACAGCCCAGAUCAGGCUAAGGCAGGCAAGCCUGGUCUUGAUUGCAUGUGAGAAGCAGCGGGGAGUGAGGAGCUGCUGACGUUACCACGGCGGCAAACCUGCCUGCGGAGUCUGCCUCUGUAGCAAUCCUUUAGCCCCGUUUCCCCAAUCGUCUGCAGCGCAAGAUGCUUUUAGCCGGCACUGUAGCAGUGACGGGUCACUGCUGGGAUAUCCACAAUGCACCACGCAGGGUGGGAUGACGCAUCCCAACCCCCACAGAUCCAUGCUGACUUGCAAAAUGGGGGACCUGCGUCUGGGUUCAUGGGAUCCCAACUGGCAGCUGGAUCGUCUGCAGGGAAGGUGAGCUUCUGCUGACUUCCCCACUGCCCAGCCCUUCUCACUGAUUGUGUGAAAGGUCUAAAUGUGUGAUUAGGGCUAAUAUACAACAUGUAUCUGUGAUGUUCACAAUUACCACAUACCAUGCAGUCGCCACUAAUUACAGUCGCUAGUGGAAGAAUUGCAUUUUUCCGACAAAUUUCAGGUGUUCAGCUCUCAGAAGACGUAUUCCCAAUCCUUGGUUUUCUUUCUCUCUCCCCCCCCCUUUUUUUUUUUUGCUCAAUACAUUGAUCAUGCAGGAAAGAUCUAAGUCUUUCCAUUUCUUCUUGGAUGAAAUGUUGGCCAAAUAUAGUUUUAAGCGAAGACGAAGGAAGCUCUAAUUGCUACAGUACUUUGAUUUGCUAUGGCACUUUGAUUCAAAGACAAGUCUCUUUUCUUCAUGUAGUCAAAAAGUAUUAUUUGAUAUGGCAGUCUUCUUAAGAAGUUACCUCCAUUUGCUGGUGCCUUUGCAUACGCACUACCCCUAAACCAAUGUCUGAAGGAUCAAAACAGGUGUCCCCAUCAGAGCCUGUUCUUUCAGAAGCCUUUUUAUUCAUCUCAGUCCAUCUUUCAGUCUCUCUAGACCUCUCUUUUUAGUAAGGUCCGUUACUGGAACAGCAAUUGAGGCAAAGUCAGGCAGAUAUGUUUAAAUGUCCCAUAAACCCUAAAGAGGCUCUCAUUUGCUUCUUGCUAGUAGGAGGUUCCUGGUUCUUUAGGGCCUCCACUUUUAUCCAGCAGAAUUAUCACUUUGCUAAUGCCCACACAGUGAUGCAAAUGAGUAACUUCCUUCAUACCAGUCUGACACUUGGAAGGUUUUAUGACCAAACCUCCACUCUUACAGCUUUCAAAAUGUUUUGCAAAUGUCCCACAUGGUCUUGCAUAUUUCCCAUGAAAAUUGCUAUAUCUUCUAUGGAUGCCACUGCAUAAGAACCCAUUCCAUUUACCAGUCUUAAAAUGAAGUUGUUUUUGACUUCAUAUUUUUAGCAAAACAUAUUUUCAGCUAAAAUGUUUACUAAAAGUAAAUAUUUAUACUUUGCACAGACCUGCUGUCAUGAUAACCUUGAUCCUAGUCCAUUCUCAACAUAGGAUAAGCAUCAGGAUGCUUGUUGAAUUUUUGGUAGUCUACACAGAAUAGAAUUGUACCACCUGAUUUACAACAACAAAUAUUUAUAUACCGCUUUUAACCAAAAGUUUUCAAAGUGGUUUACAUAGAGAAAUAAAUAAAUAAAUAAGAUGGAUCCCUCCCUGUCCCUGAAGGGCUCACAAUCUAAAAAGAAACAUAAGACAGACACCAGCAACAGUCACUGGAGGUACUGUGCUGGGGGUGGAUAGGGCCAGUUACUCUCCCCCUGCUAAAUAAAAAGAACCACCACGUUAAAAGGUGCCUCUUUGCCAAGUUCACAGGGGUAAUUUAGGCGAUGCCAAGGAAAGUGUGAUUACCUCUAUCUCCAAGCAUAUCUUUAACCUAAUCCUGUACAUCCCUCAAAAUCUUGCCAUUCACUUUCUAAGGGGCUGUUCUUAAAGGUGGUUGGUUAUUUGUAUCAAUAUAAUGGACAAUCAGAUUGGUUCUUUCCAGCUUGCUGCUAAAAAUGCCCUUAUUCAUGGAAUACUUGUGAAGUUUUCUCAUUGUCUCCCAUCAAUAUAGUAUCAAAUAUUCACAAUAGGUAAAGUAGUUGUCUUCUCAGUAAUAGCCCAGGAGAGUGUAUAUCCAGGACAGUGUUCUGUUCAUUUAGUGCACCUGUAGCACCAGUACAUAAUGAGGCUUUGUGUUCAGGUGUACUGCUUUAGCUUUGCCUUCGUUCCUUGAUACAACAUGUUUUAUUUUAUCCACUCAGUCUCUUAGAAUGUAUGGACCUUCCCAAGCAGCCUUUCAUUUAUUGGCCCUGAGAAACUCUGAAACCCCAGAGAUGUGGGCUCCAAUUUUUAAUUGAAAAAACUUCCAGAAAAAAAUCCCAUGUUGCUUUUCCUCAUUUGCGUGAAAUUGCCAUAUUUCACCCUCAAAUUUUUAUGAUACAAGUUUUCCUAGUGUCCUAAACAAAGUGUGAUUUGAUUUGGCAUGUUAUAUAACUUAUAUAUUUAGUUAAAACAACAACAAGAAAUCAUAAUGCUAAUUUCUCACACUAUCACAAAGUAUUUCAGGUAGCCAAGUAGCUGAACUGAAAUAUUUGACUGUGGGCAGGAGGGAUCAAUAAAGAGACCAACUGUGGUUUAAAUAUACUGAAACAAAUUCAUAGCUUUAUUGGCAUACUUGUAAAAUGCAAAUGCAGUACACAAUAGCAUGUACUUCUCUGUCUAAGGGAAAAAUAAGAGACUGAAAGCUGUUGACACCCAUUUUGCUGCACCCAAAGAACUGUGCAUGGAAUGCCAUCAGUGUCCACUCAUCUACUUCAUUAGAGUUUAAUUUUCUUCCACAGAGGUCAUUGCAGCACCUCCAUUUUCACUGUCUCCGCCUGCAAAAUCACGCAGAGUGUAUUCUGUUUACAGAUCAAUAAAGCAUAUGUGUCCUCUCUCACACCUAGGGAUCAUCUGAACAACACAACUUUGAUAUUACCAGGCUUGCCUAAUAUUGCAUUGGCAUCCAUUCAUUGUUGUUAUGAAACAAUGCAUUUUUAGAAAUGUAAAGCUUUUCACAGAAAAAAUAAAGAAUGGGAAAGUU